AUGCAUGAGCCCUGGGAUUGGUUGUCCAGACUCCUUCUCGGAGCAGAGAGUGAAGGCCUUGCAGUGUUCCUCGCAGAAUCUGUAUCACUGCUUGUACAAUGAACUGGACGAAAUUGUGGAAAUUUGUACAGAAUCUAUCUGGAUUCCCGCAGGUAACUGUCCAGUAUACAACAACGGAGCUUCCAAAUUGAAUUAUGUCCCCUGUCAGACGUCACGGGGAGAAUGUCCUUCGGAUGUGUUCUUUUCAAAUGAAAUCUUAAAAUAUUCUGGAUGCAUUCCACUUUCGAGAUCUCCAGAGGCAACCUUACUAUGGGAGAUAAACACUCCAUACCUGAAUUCUACAACGGACAACACGUUUGAAAACACAGGGUCAACCUCUCCUUUGCUCUUUCUUUUAAUACCCCUAGUCUUCUUAGCAUUGAUACUCAUUAUCCUACUAGCAAUUAUUCGACGACGAAAAGGAAUUUGCACAAGGGAAGGUAUUCACUUUAAUGCAUCUGGAAUAUGUUCUUGCAUAUUUAAGACUUAUUGAUGCGUACCCUGAUAAAAUAGA